AUGAGUUUAGAGUCAUUUUGGAAACGUGCUGGGAAGUCACAAAAUUCUUCAACUUGUUCUUCACCUAGUUCAAGGGAUCCUCCAAUAGAAGAACAUGUGUCACCUAAUGAUGAUGAGGUUCCUAUUGCUGCAACAAUUCCACCUCCUAAGAACACAGGUCCAAGUGUUCCAAAUUCUGCUGCUGACUCGGAUGAUACUCGCAUUUAUGAUGUUGAUCUUCUUCCACAUGACCUUGGAAAAAGAAUUCCAAUUAUGGAGUAUCCUCCUAAUGAUCGAGAUGCCGUAAGGAGAGGCUAUAUAACAAAGAAACGUUGUGAUCCACGCACACAUAAUUUUCCUCAAAGAAAAGUUAGAGGUAUGCGCCGUUUUAUUGUUACUUGGUUUGAUAAAUAUGAGUGGCUUGAAUAUAGUGUUGAGAAAGAUGCGGCUUUUUGUUUUGUGUGCUAUUUGUUCAAUGAUAAAGUUGAUUAUUCUUUGGCUAAUGAGAACUAUAGUAUGUUUAUCAACCCAAAGACAUCAGUUGCUGAAUCUCUUUGGACUUAUUCUAAGGAAGCUAAAAUACAAUACAAAUCUCCCUUGACUUAUUCAUUGAAAUGUAUUAGAUUUCUUUUAAAUCAAGGUUUAGCUUGUCGUGGGCGUAAUGAAAGUGAAGAAUCUUGGAAUAGGGGUAAUUUUCUUGCACUCUUAACAUGGUUUUCAGAAAAUAAUAGUGAGGUAUCAAAGGUUGUUCUAGGUAAUGCCCCGGGAAAUAAUCGAAUGACUAGUCCUCUAAUUCAAAAAGAACUUAUUAAUUGUUGUGCCAAAGAAACCACUAGACUUCUUAUUGAUGAUAUUGGGGAUGACUAUUUUGGAAUACUGGCUGAUGAAUCUAGUGAUGUAUCUCAAAAGGAACAAAUGGCUCUUUGCUUGCGUUAUGUCAAUAAUAAAGGGAAGAUAAAUGAGAGGUUUCUUGGAAUUGUACAUGUUAAGGAUACUACUGCUUUGUCACUAAAGAGUGCAAUUGAGUCUUUGCUUAUGGAAUAUUCAUUGAGUUUGUCUAGAGUUCGUGGACAAGGUUAUGACGGUGCUAGUAAUAUGAGGGGGAAGAUAAAUGGCCUUAAGACUUUGAUCAUGAAUGAAACAAAACAAGCCUAUUAUAUUCAUUGUUUUGCUCACCAACUUCAAUUAACCCUUGUUGUUGUUGCGAAGGAUAAUGAUGAUUGUAUUUGGUUGUUUGAUCAACUUGCUAUUUUGUUUAAUAUUAUUGGUGUUUCUUGUAAGAGAAAGGAAAUGAUUAGAGAAAUACAAUCUCAUCAUAUUCUACAAGCAUUAGAACUAGGAGAAAUUGAAAGUGGGCAAGGUUUAAACCAAGAACAUGGCUUAGGUAGGCCUGGUGAUACUAGGUGGGGAUCACAUUACAAAACUGUUUCAAAUGUUACCGCAUUGUAUGCUACUAUUGUUAAAGUUCUUGAGAAGAUUGGAUAA